GGUGUGCUGUGUCCCUCGGACACAGAGGAUCACCGAUCCAUGGAAAGAGGUGAAGAUGUCGGCUCGGUCAUGUGAUCAGCCGUGUCCAAUCACAGCUGAUCACAUCAGCGCCACCUGUCAGUGUCCAUCAGUGCCAGCUCUGUGCUCAUCCAUGCCACCUGCCAGUUCCCAUCAGUGCCACAUUUCAGUGCCCAUCAGUGCCACAUCAAUGCCACAUAUCAGUGCCCAUCUGAGCUGUCUUUCAGUGUCACCCAUCAGUGCCAGUCAGUGCCACCUAUCAGUGCUGCCAAUCAGUGCCGUCUAUCAGUGCCAGUCAGUGCCGCCUAUCGGUGCCAGUCAGUGCCGCCUAUUAGUGUGCAUCAGUGCCACCUAUCAGUGCCUGUCAGUGCUGCCUAUCAGUGCCGCCUAAUAGUGCCAGUCAGUGCAACCUAACAGUGCC